CAGACAUGGGCGCCCCAGCAGCCCCAUUACCCCAGACAGAUUAUUAGCCACAUCCUGGCCCCUGCACAGACAAAAGGACCCAGACCGUGGCUUUCUUUCUUUUCUAUGACACACCCAAUUUAUGCCCAGCUGGAUUCGGUAGAAUCUCUGUUGGACGAAGUACCAUAUAUGUUUUAUUUGGGCCUGUUCUUUGUGAACGUCCUGAUCCUCUACUAUGCCUUUCUGAUGGAGUACAUCGUCCUGAAUGUGGGGAUAGUGUUUCUGCCUGAGGACAUGGACCAGGCGCUGGUGGACCUAGGGGUUCUGUCCGACCCGGCCUCCGUCCCCUAUGACACAGACACGGAGCUGGAUGUGUUUGAGGGGUAUCUCGAGUGACAGGCCGGUGCUUAGAGGUCGAAAAAGGGGGAAAAUAGAAGUGGUGUCCCCCGGAGGAGACUGAACUCUCCCUGGGGCGGUGAUGUGGAGGAAAAAAAAAGGGGAUGCUGUGGCUGCCUUCUUGUCACACAGACACAUCAGUGGAAAAGUUGUCUCGGCUCAAAAAAAAAAGAAGGGGGGGGGGUCGCCCAAGGGUGAGAUUCAGCACCACCAGCCACAGAAGAUCAGCAACUGUGCCCUUUUCGUGGAAGCAGCACUCUCCAGUGGAUCGCCGGCCGGUCUGCUGCCGACCUUAACGCAAUCGACCCAGGCGUCUAGUGUGCCUCAAAAUGGAUGAAAGAUUCAAAAAAACAAACAAAAAACAAAACAGCAAGCAGAAGUGGAGAUAGUCAGCUGUUUCCUGUGGAUGACAAGUAAAUGCUGCAAUGAUAAUGACUUUGAGUAAUGCAGCCAGGGCAGGCACAGUGCAGCCGAUGUGAAUGGAAUGCCAAGCCGACUGUUAAAAUACAGCGACUCAAAACGUCACACUGAUGUCCUGUGCAGUGUGACGUCUCAGAAGAACUGGCAACGUGCAGGAAAGUAAAGUCCACUGUGAGUCCGUCUGCCUAAGUGACAACUCGUUUCCGUUGUCCGAACACUUUGCAACCUUUGCAGUCUAACUCAUCAAAGCGAGCCUAGCUUGGUAUGUGUCCUUUGAGGCUAACCCUACUUCAUGUCUGCCUCAGGGAUGCACACACACACACACACACACACACACACUCAGGCGCACAGUUAGGAACUCUCAGUGCACUGACGGAGAAUUAACACCAACAGCGGACACAGGCUGUGACACCACAGGAUGCAGGACUGCUCAAAUCUCAACAAGCUGUCUUAUUAAUCAGGACCACCGCGCUGCACUCUUUACUGUAAUGAAGGAAGUAUUAAAGUAUCGAGGGAGAGUAAAAAAAAAAUAUGGUUGUAGGAUGGUAUGAUUUGUUGUAGGAUUUUCUCUUAAAGCAAACUGGAAUUGAGAAAGUGUGACAUCAAAUGUGUUAAACCUUUCGGUCUAUUUACUUUCAAAGGUCGAAACUUUCUAUCAAAGACGGUAGAAGUGAAUAAGAUAUUCGUUGUUUUUUUUAAUCUACUGUUGUUGCAUAGCAUGUUUUUUUUUUUUACGUUAGUGACAGAGAAAAGACUGAAAGUAUGAUAUUGGUUGUGUGUUUUUAAAUAAAAUCUGUUUGGUUUCAGUUGUAUUGUACGGAAGCCCGAAGCGGGCCAUUCAUACGUUCGUUUCAUUAACUCUGCGUUCCCCUGAAAACGAGUCAUUUCUCGUUGUGUCCUCCAGAUCUCUACUUAUUUAUCUUAUUAUCUCAGGGUAACUGCAUUGGUUUUCCUGCGAUUUUCACAAUAUCUCAGGAUAUCAAGGCUUGUUUUGCUGCUGAUAAAAAGAUAUUAUUCUGGCAAUGUAGAAAAUAAAUAAUAGGCUGGUCACUGUGAUAGGCCCGACCAGGAUAGGCUAAUCAGGCCAAGUUAAGCCUAUUUCUGUAUUUGUUUUUUUUUUGCCUUGAUAACUAUGGCCAUACGAGAUAAAUAAGAUGAGAGAUCUGACAGGGAGUAUAAAUCGUAUGGAUGCAUGUCCGCUUCGGGCUUCCUUAUUAUGUCUUCUGUUUACUUUUUUUUGUAUAAAUUCAGUUUUUAAUGUUGAUUCUCGAUGGCAAUAACAAACUUAAUUUGAGCAAUGUGACAAUUCAGUAGUUAUGUGACAGAUCAUGCAGAGAAUUGCAUAAAAUGAUUCCAUCUGUCAGGUGUCGGGAGAAAAACACCUAAUGUUCGAUUUUCUUAAAGGGAUAGUACACUUGAGCUACACGAUUUUUGCUAGCAUUAAAAUCACUGUAGCUAUACUCAAAGGUCUGAAAAGCAUUUUCAGCCUUGCUAUUUACAGCACUGUUGAUUUUGGAAGCAAUAUAGAGGAUAUUUUCUUAUUUCAGCAUCAGUCUACCUGAAUACACAAAAUAUGCAUAAAAUCCACGGUGGUCAAAGAAUGACUAUAGCUGUAGAGACAAAGAACAUUCUUUUUUUUGUGUGUGUGCACGUUUUAGACUCCAAGCAAGUGGUAGUCUCAGAAUUACAUAGCCUGCCUGUGUUUAGACAUCGCAUCCUGCUUGACUACCUUUAGCAAAGAUGUCAUUUGGAACCAUCAUUUUUUUGCCUUCUCGGCUAUAAUGGUGCACCAAAUAUAGUCGAAAGAUCGUCCACCGCCACAUCUGUUCAACAAAAUCAAAAGAAAAGCCACACUGCGACUUACGGAGCCCCUAAAGUCCCCAAAAGUAAAAAGCUAAAAUCUUGUCCACACAGGAUCAUUUUUUUUUUUUUUUUUGGCACUUCAGGGGCUCCGUAGAAACUCAAGAGCAGGGAUGAAUGACAUAAUUCUCAAACUUGCAGAUAACGGAGUCGAUUCAUGGAGACACACUGUGACUGGGUUUUUUUUUAUAUGAGUUCGAUCUGUAAUGAUGGAUGAGAACCAAAUUCUAAAAUAUUUUUGGAAUAAGAGCGCCAGUGAGCAAUAAUAUCUGGUGACACUUGCAAUGUUUUAGUAAUGCACAUGUAUAAUUAUAUUUUUGGAGGUUAAAAUAUAUAUAAUAUAUAAUCCGAAACAGCUUUUAGAUCUUCUGGCAAUAAAGCUCAGGAUGCCAACAUUCAUGAUUUAUUAUGAGACAUUUUUGGAAUAAACUCAACAGCUCAUUCUGACACCAAAGUUCAUUCCCCCCCUUUUCUAGAAAAAAAAAAAUCAGUGGCAAUUAAAGCAGUCAGCUCUAUGAUUUGAUUUUGUAUGAAGACUUUUAUUUUUUUUAUUAUUUGACUGUUUGUGCCAUUACACCAGGCAUGACACCCCACUGUUGGUGAGAUUCCCAUCACUGCGUCUUAGUUUAAGUAGAAACGAAUGAGACUUUACGAGGACUGUGACAAACGAGAGCCAGCGCUUGAUUUUGCUUGUGUCCAUCCCUCCACAGCUGCUUCUCUGCAGACAUGCUAUGAUAAGCUAUGGAUCCCAACAGAGUUUUAUUUUCCGACCUGUAUUUAAUAAACUUUGAUCGGACUCAA